UGGGUAAAAGGAAGCGCUAAGGUAGGCCCCGCUCCCCCCACGUGUCCGCCGGAGUUUCUCUACGAGCAACAUGGCCGCCGCCUGAGAGGAGAGCCGGGCCAUUGCCACCUCUGCAGCCCGCGGUAGCUGGGCAGUUGCUGCCGCCCACGUGCGGCCCCAGCGGAGAGGUGAGUCCGGGUAUGCAGCCCCGAGGCUCAGGCUACCGCCGGACCGCACUCACGAGAUCAAGAACUACGCAGCUGGCUCUCCCCUAGUAUGGCCAAUGAAGAGGAUGACCCAGUCGUACAGGAGAUCGAUGUGUACUUGGCCAAGAGUCUGGCAGAGAAGCUCUAUUUGUUUCAGUACCCUGUACGUCCAGCCUCAAUGACCUAUGAUGACAUCCCACAUCUCUCAGCCAAGAUCAAGCCCAAGCAGCAGAAGGUAGAGCUUGAAAUGGCCAUCGACACCCUGAAUCCCAACUAUUGUCGCAGCAAAGGGGAGCAGAUUGCACUGAAUGUGGAUGGGGCCUGUGCCGAUGAGACUAGCACGUACUCCUCGAAGCUGAUGGACAAGCAGACCUUCUGCUCUUCCCAGACUACCAGUAACACAUCCCGGUACGCGGCUGCGCUCUACAGGCAAGGGGAGCUUCACCUGACACCUUUGCACGGCAUCCUGCAGCUACGGCCCAGCUUCUCCUACCUCGAUAAGGCAGAUGCCAAGCACCGUGAGAGGGAGGUGGCCAAUGAGGCUGGGGAUUCUUCGCAGGACGAGGCGGAAGAUGAUGUUAAGCAGAUCACGGUACGGUUUUCCCGGCCGGAGUCGGAGCAGGCUCGUCAACGCCGAGUGCAGUCCUAUGAGUUUCUGCAGAAGAAGCAUGCUGAGGAGCCCUGGGUCCAUCUGCACUACUACGGCCUCAAGGACAGCCGCUCUGAGCAUGAGCGCCAGUACCUGCUGUGCCCGGGCUCAAGUGGUGUGGAGAACACGGAGCUCAUCAAGUCACCCAGUGAGUACCUCAUGAUGCUGAUGCCACCCAGCCAGGAGGAAGAAAAAGAUAAGCCCGUGGCCCCCAGCAAUGUCCUGUCCAUGGCCCAGCUACGCACUCUGCCUCUGGCUGAUCAGAUCAAGAUUCUGAUGAAGAAUGUGAAGGUCAUGCCUUUUGCCAACUUGAUGAGCCUCCUGGGCCCAUCUGUGGACUCUGUGGCUGUUCUGCGCGGCAUCCAGAAGGUGGCGAUGUUAGUUCAAGGAAACUGGGUGGUGAAGAGUGACAUCCUGUAUCCCAAGGACUCAUCUAGCCCUCACAGUGGUGUGCCUGCUGAGGUGCUCUGCAGGGGCCGGGACUUUGUUAUGUGGAAGUUUACACAGAGCCGCUGGGUGGUCAGGAAAGAGGUGGCAAUGGUGACCAAACUCUGCACCGAGGACGUGAAGGACUUUCUGGAGCACAUGGCUAUAGUGAGAAUCAACAAAGGCUGGGAGUUCAUACUGCCUUAUGAUGGCGAGUUCAUCAAGAAGCAUCCAGAUGUGGUGCAGCGGCAGCACAUGUUAUGGACAGGCAUCCAGGCCAAAUUGGAGAAAGUUUAUAAUCUUCUAAAGGAAUCCAUGCCAAAGAAGCCAGAUGGACAGUCAGGGCCUGCCCGGCUGGUCUCUGGAGACCAGCGGGUCCAAGUAGCCAAAACCAAGGCCCAGCAGAACCACAUAUUGCUGGAGCGGGAGCUAGAGCGGCAGAAGGAACAGAUCCGGGCAUCCUCCGUUCUGUCUGGAGUGCGGAUCAAGGAGGAACCUAUGAGUGAGGAGGGGGAGGAAGAGGAAGAGCAGGAAGCAGAGGAGGAGGAGCCCAUGGACACAUCACCCAGUGGUGGCUGCAAUAGCUGGCUGGCCAAUGGGCUGCCUGCCCGGCGGGCAGCAGGCAUGGACAGCUUCAAUGGGCACCCACCCCCUGGCUGUGCCAGCAGCCCCGUGGCUCGGGAACUGAGAGCUUUUGUGGAGGCCACCUUUCAUAGACAGUUUGUGCUCACCCUGAGUGAACUCAAGCGCCUCUUCAACCUGCACUUGGCCAGCCUGCCCCCUGGCCACACCCUCUUCAGUGGCAUCUCAGACCGCAUGCUUCAGGACACUGUGCUGGCCGCUGGUUGCAAGCAGAUACUGGUGCCUUUUCCCCCACAGACUGCUGCUUCGCCGGAUGAGCAGAAAGUGUUUGCCCUCUGGGAGUCUGGAGACAUGAGUGAUCAGCAUCGACAGGUUUUGCUUGAAAUUUUUUCUAAAAAUUACCGGGUACGCCGAAACAUGAUCCAGUCUCGGUUAACUCAAGAAUGUGGAGAAGAUCUGAGUAAACAGGAAGUGGAUAAAGUGCUAAAGGACUGCUGUGUAAGCUAUGGUGGCAUGUGGUAUCUUAAAGGGACAGUACAGUCUUGACAGUAGUGGCAAACCACUAACCCAAGGAAUCCAAGCCCAAGGAAGAAGGACAGAGCUGGAAGUAGAGUCUCUACUUGCUUCAGAAGACGCGGAGCGAGAACUGACUUGACCAUCUCAUGGCCUAUGGCGCUGCAUGGUCCAGUGGAUGGAAGAGACCAUACUCAGCCAGUGGCAGGGUCAGUUUAAGUUAGAUCACUCCCAAGAGAGACCAGCUGGGACCUUCUUUGCAGUACAUUUUAAAAAUGCUGAUGUACUUUGUUUAUUUGGUUUCAUUCUCAUAAUAAAGUGAGUGUGUACUGACACAGGCAGGAUGACAAAAAUCAUGGUUUAAUAUUUUCCAUUUAAACUUAAUGCCAACAAGGUCUAAGUUAUGUUUACAAGAUAUGGAACCUCAAGGUUUUUAAUAUUUAAAAUACCUAGAAGACAAUAUUUAGUCUUAGAUUAUCUGAUUAUCUAUCUGCUAAGACCUCUGCCAAUUUCAUUAAACAAACCAAUUGAAUUGUUUUACUGUUGGGUUUCUGUAGCCACUUUACCUUUUGCAACAACCUACUUUGUGUAGCUGUCUGAACUGUUUACAUGAACCAUAGCAAAAAAAAAAUUAGAAUCAAAUCCAUCUAUUCUUAAUGUUUGCAUAAAUAAAGAUGCAAGAAAACCAGGUAAGUAUGGAACAAUGUGUAAGUGAGGUUAUCAUUUUGAUGUAAAAAUUUCUAUUUUGUGUAUUUUUAAAAUAAAUACUAACACUAAA